GCCGAUGAACCGGCGUCGCAGCAAAGGCUGCAGGAGUCGCGCGCGGGUUAUGCCGAGCAGGGCGCAGCCUGGCUUCGCCCCGAGCUGGGGAAGCACAGUAAGGAUGAGCUGGUUGGGCUUUGUGUCGCUGCGGAUGUGCAACGACACGCAGCCGGGCGCACUCUCUCCAAAGCGGAGUUGUUGGAAGCUCUAUCAGAGAGCAUUGUCGGGGAGCAGGCUUCAUGGGGAAUCGGCGUUUUUGAUGAUUGUCCAUGUCAGCUUCUGUUGCAGCGAGGGGCCGAUGAACCGGCGUCGCAGCAAAAGCUGCAGGAGCUGCGCACGGGUUAUGCCGAGCAGGGCGCAGCGUGGCUUCGCACCGAGCUGGACGAGCAAAACCGGCAGGAGCUGGCUGAGCUCUGCAUCGCUGCGGAUGUGCGACAGAAGUCAGCCGGGCGCAAGCUCUCCAGAGCGGAGUUGUUGGAAGCUCUAUCACAGAGUAUUGUCGGGGAGCAGGCUUCAUGGGGAAGUGGCGUUCUUGAGGCCGAUGAACCGGCGUCGCACCAAAAGCUGCAGGAGCUGCGCACGGGUUAUGCCGAGCAGGGCGCAGCGUGGCUUCGCACCGAGCUGGACGAGCAAAACCGGGAGGAGCUGGCUGAGCUCUGCAUCGCUGCGGAUGUGCGACAGAAGUCAGCCGGGCGCAAGCUCUCCAGAGCGGAGUUGUUGGAAGCUCUAUCACAGAGCAUUGUCGGGGAGCAGGCUUCAUGGGGAAGUGGCGUUCUUGAGGCCGAUGAACGUGCGUCGCAGCAAAAGCUGCAGGAGCUGCGCACGGGUUAUGCCGAGCAGGGCGCAGCGUGGCUCCGCGGCGAGUUGCGGAAGCACAGUAAGGAUGAGCUGGCUGAGUUCUGUGUCGCUGCGGAUGUGCAACGACACGCAGCCGGGCGCACUCUCUCCAAAGCGGAGUUGUUGGAAGCUCUAUCACAGAGCAUUGUCGGGGCCGAUGAACCGGCGUCGCAGCAAAAGCUGCAGGAGCUGCGCACGGGUUAUGCCGAGCAGGGCGCAGCGUGGCUUCGCACCGAGCUGGACGAGCAAAACCGGCAGGAGCUGGCUGAGCUCUGCAUCGCUGCGGAUGUGCGACAGAAGUCAGCCGGGCGCAAGCUCUCCAGAGCGGAGUUGUUGGAAGCUCUAUCACAGAGCAUUGUCGGGGAGCAGGCUUCAUGGGGAAGUGGCGUUCUUGAG